GCCACCACUUUCGACGAGUUCACGAAACUCGUGGUCACGAAAUCGCGCGGCGGUUCCGGCGGUCCUAAACUGGUCUUCACUCCAAUACAACUCAAUGUCAACAAACGUGACAUCACUUUCGCGAACCAACUCUUCAUUAACAACGAGUUCGUCGACGCGUCCGAUACAAGCCGUGUGUUGAGGACUAUUAACCCGAACGACGAGUCCGUCAUUUGCAGCGUCCAGUCGGCGACCAAAGGGGACGUCGACCGAGCGGUGAAGGCGGCCAACGAUGCGUUCGAGUCGGGCGAGUGGCCACUCAUGAACGCCAGAGAUCGGGGGAAACUCAUGUUCCGAUUGGCGGACCUCAUGGAGCAGCACAAGGAAGAGUUGGCCACUAUUGAGUCCAUCGACUCGGGCGCUGUCUAUACGCUGGCCAUCAAAACACAUAUCGGUUUGACAUUAGAUUUGAAAAUAUAA